CAGCAUGAGGAGGUUGAUAAUAUUGUUCUCUGUCGUCUGCGCGGUGCAGAUGGUGACAGCAAUGUUCAUUACUAGGAAGGGUGCAGAAGAAAAAUCAUUGGAUAAGAGAGAAAAAAUAUUGAAGCUGCUUAGGCUUCUGAAGAAAAAUUAUCCUUCAGAAGAUAGCAAGACUACCAGUGAAGACGGAAUAUCAUUCGAACUAGCGCCACAAGAGGAUGAGAAAACAGAAUUGAACAGGCGAGGAAACUCAGCAAGUUUUAUGGAUGGCAGGGCAAUCAACCCAGCGGAUAUGUCUCCGGCGCAUGUAUCGCUGGAGAAGAAAGCACUAUCUUCGGAGGCGCAGGCGUUUUUAAAUGCUCACAACGAGAAGCGGCGGAUCGUCAACCCCACUGCAACAAGCAUGAAAGAAAUGGUUUGGAGCACAGAUCUUGAAAACCUUGCCAGGAACUAUGCCAAAAACUGCAACUUUGCUCAUAAUCAACAGAGAUCCAAUGGCAUGCCUUAUUAUGUCGGCGAGAAUCUGUAUGUUAACUCAGGGGAUAUAUCACCUGGUGUGGCAGUAACGAGCUGGGAUAAUGAGAAGAACGACUACUCAUUCACAAAUAACUACUGUGACCCAAACAGCAAGUAUGGUUGUGGCCACUAUACUCAGGUUGUCUGGGCAAAUUCUGAAUACCUUGGGUGUGCAAAACAUUACUGCAGCUAUGUUACAAAUUUUGGACCAGGAUAUUUAGUUGUUUGCAACUAUGGUCCUGGGGGUAAUGUUAAUGGAGCGAGACCAUUCACUAGUGGACAAACUUGUAGUAAUUGUCCAGCCGGAUACACAUGUGUGAACAAACUAUGCAGCAAAUCUGGUGGAUCAGGUGGAACUGGGACCAACCCCUGUUCAACGAAUCCAUGCAAAAAUGGUGGCACUUGCAGUUCUGUCUCUGGGAAUGCAGUUUGUCAGUGCACCAGUGGUUGGACUGGAAGUACAUGUGAAACACAAGCUUCCUCUAACUGUUCACCUAACCCCUGUAAGAAUGGUGGUACCUGUUCGGACAAUGGUUCUUCUUUCAGUUGUAAAUGUUCAUCCUCUUGGUCAGGUUCCACAUGUGAAACACUGGUAACACAAGCUAACAUCGAUAUGUGUGGUUUUGAAAACUCUAUGUGUCUCAGUAACUACAACGGUAACGAUGUCGAUUUUAAAAGGUAUAGCUCGUUUACUAUGAAUGGCGUGAGUGUUCAAGCACCAGAAGGGGGAGCAUUUGCUGCAGCUUAUGCUGGGUACAUUUCUAAUACACAGUAUGCUUAUCUGAUGUCAAAUUAUUUACCAGAGAAAGCCGUGAAAGUGACAUUCCAGUACAGAACAGUAGGGACUGCUAGAAUGACAUUUGUGUACAAACAGGAUGGGAAGGAUUAUACAGCGCCGUUUUCAUAUUAUAACAGCAAUGGCUUCUGGCAAACGUAUACCGUGAGCAUACCUGCUGGGAAGAAUACAUUCUUUUAUUUCAAAGCUUCUCUGAGCGCAUUCUCCUUGGUUGGUAUCGAUGAUGUCAAGAUACAAUAUUGAAGGUGACAUUUGGACAGAAAUCCUGGCAUAGAAAAGGGAUGUAAAGAAAUGCAAUAACACUAUAAGGCUUACUAACUUAAGAAUUAAGAAUCAUUUGUAAAUAUUUAUCCAGAUCUUUAAUUCCAAUAAAAUAUGUUUGUUCAUCUGCAA